AUGGAUAAUCUUUUGCCUCAGUCAAGAUUCUCUUAUUUCAAAAAAUAUCCUCUCCAUGCAAUUAGAAAAUAUUUAUCGAUGCUGAGAAACCAAAGAGAGGAGGAACAGGUUGCACGUUUUCAAAAAAUUCCUAAUUCUGAAAAUGAGACAAUGAUUCCGGUAUUGACAUCAAAAAAAGCAAGUGAAUUACCAGUCAGUGAAGUUGCAAGCAUUCUCCAAGCUGAUCUUCAGAAUGGUCUGAACAAAUGUGAAGUAAGUCAUAGGAGAGCCUUCCAUGGCUGGAAUGAGUUUGAUAUCAGUGAAGAUGAGCCACUAUGGAAGAAGUAUAUUUCUCAGUUUAAAAAUCCCCUUAUUAUGCUGCUUCUGGCUUCUGCAGUCAUCAGUGUUUUAAUGCAUCAGUUUGAUGAUGCUGUCAGUAUCACUGUGGCAAUACUUAUCGUUGUUACGGUCGCCUUCGUUCAGGAAUAUCGUUCAGAAAAAUCUCUUGAAGAACUAAGUAAACUUAUGCCACCAGAAUGCCAUUGUGUGCGUGAAGGAAAACUGGAGCAUACGCUUGCACGAGACUUAGUUCCAGGUGAUACAGUUUGCCUUUCAGUUGGGGAUAGGGUUCCUGCCGACUUGCGCUUGUUUGAGGCUGUGGAUCUUUCUGUUGAUGAGUCCAGCUUGACAGGAGAGACAACACCUUGUUCUAAGGUGACAGCUCCUCAGCCUGCUGCUACUAAUGGAGAUCUUGCAUCAAGAAGUAACAUUGCCUUCAUGGGAACACUGGUCAGAUGUGGCAAAGCAAAGGGUAUUGUCAUUGGAACAGGUGAAAAUUCUGAAUUCGGAGAAGUUUUUAAAAUGAUGCAAGCAGAAGAAGCACCGAAAACCCCUCUGCAGAAGAGCAUGGACCUCUUAGGAAAGCAACUUUCCUUUUAUUCCUUUGGUAUAAUAGGUAUCAUCAUGUUGGUUGGCUGGUUACUAGGAAAAGACAUACUGGAAAUGUUUACUAUUAGUGUAAGUUUGGCUGUAGCAGCAAUUCCUGAAGGUCUUCCCAUUGUGGUCACAGUGACUCUAGCCCUUGGUGUUAUGAGAAUGGUGAAGAAGAGGGCGAUUGUGAAAAAACUACCUAUUGUUGAAACUCUGGGUUGCUGUAAUGUGAUUUGUUCAGAUAAGACUGGAACCCUGACCAAGAAUGAAAUGACUGUUACCCACAUAUUUACUUCGGAUGGCCUGCGUGCUGAGGUUACUGGAGUUGGCUACAAUCCAUUUGGGGAAGUGAUUGUUGAUGGUGAUGUUGUUCAUGGAUUCUAUAACCCAUCUGUUAGCAGAAUUGUUGAGGCUGGCUGUGUGUGCAAUGAUGCUGUAAUUAGAAAUAACACUCUAAUGGGGAAACCAACGGAAGGAGCCUUAAUUGCUCUUGCAAUGAAGAUGGGUCUUGAUGGACUUCAACAGGAUUAUAUCAGAAAAGCUGAAUACCCUUUUAGCUCUGAGCAGAAGUGGAUGGCUGUUAAGUGUGUGCACCGAACACAGCAGGACAGACCAGAGAUUUGUUUUAUGAAGGGUGCUUAUGAACAGGUGAUUAAGUAUUGCACUACAUAUCACAGCAAAGGGCAGACCUUGACACUCACCCAGCAGCAGAGAGAUCUGUACCAGCAAGAGAAGGCCCAGAUGGGCUCUGCAGGGCUCAGAGUUCUUGCUUUGGCUUCUGGUCCUGAAUUGGGACAACUGACGUUCCUUGGCCUGGUGGGAAUCAUUGAUCCUCCUAGAACUGGUGUGAAAGAAGCUGUUACAACACUCAUUGCCUCGGGAGUGUCGAUAAAAAUGAUUACUGGAGACUCACAGGAGACUGCAGUUGCCAUCGCUAGUCGUCUGGGAUUAUAUUCCAAAACCUCCCAGUCAGUCUCAGGAGAAGAAAUAGAUGCAAUGGAUGUCCAGCAGCUUUCACAAAUAGUGCCAAAGGUUGCAGUAUUUUACAGAGCUAGCCCAAGGCACAAGAUGAAAAUUAUCAAGUCUCUGCAGAAGAACGGGUCGGUUGUGGCCAUGACAGGAGAUGGAGUAAAUGAUGCAGUUGCUCUGAAGGCUGCAGACAUUGGAGUUGCGAUGGGUCAGACUGGCACAGAUGUUUGCAAAGAGGCAGCUGACAUGAUCCUGGUGGAUGACGAUUUUCAAACCAUCAUGUCUGCAAUUGAAGAGGGUAAAGGGAUUUAUAAUAAUAUUAAAAAUUUUGUUAGAUUCCAGCUGAGCACGAGUAUAGCAGCAUUAACUUUAAUCUCACUGGCUACAUUAAUGAACUUUCCCAAUCCUCUCAAUGCCAUGCAGAUUUUGUGGAUCAAUAUUAUUAUGGAUGGACCUCCAGCUCAGAGCCUUGGAGUAGAACCAGUGGAUAAAGAUGUCAUUCGUAAACCUCCACGCAACUGGAAAGACAGCAUUUUGACCAGAAACCUGAUACUUAAAAUACUUGUUUCCUCAAUAAUCAUUGUUUGUGGGACUUUGUUUGUCUUCUGGCGGGAGCUGCGAGACAAUGUGAUAACACCUCGGGACACAACGAUGACUUUCACGUGCUUUGUGUUUUUUGACAUGUUCAAUGCACUGAGUUCCAGAUCUCAGACCAAAUCUGUGUUUGAGAUUGGACUCUGCAGUAAUAAAAUGUUUUGCUAUGCAGUUCUUGGAUCCAUCAUGGGACAGUUAUUAGUUAUUUACUUUCCUCCACUUCAGAAAGUUUUUCAGACUGAGAGCCUAAGUAUACUGGAUUUACUGUUUCUUCUGGGUCUCACCUCAUCAGUGUGCAUAGUGGCAGAAAUUAUCAAGAAGGUUGAAAGGAGCAGAGAGAAGAUCCAGAAGCCUGCUAGCUCAACAUCGUCGUCUUUUCUUGAAGUAUGAUGCAUAUUGCAUUCUUUUAUUUGCAAACUAGGAAUUGCAGUCUGAGGAUCGUUUAGAAGGGCAAGUUCAAGAGGAUAAAAUGAAGAUUUGAGAACUUUUGAACUUUUUAUUGACUAAAAAUGAGUGUUAAAGACUUGAGACUUUAACCUGCUGAGAGUCCCAAAUGAAAUUAUGCAACUUUGGUAACAUUUUCCUUGAUUUAAAUUGGCUUUUGCAAUUGAAUGGAACUUCAUAAAGUGUAUGGGCAGUUACUUAAUUUAAAAAAAAAAAAAAGGUAAAACCUGAACCACCUUCUGCACUUAAAAGAGGUCUAACAGUUCAAAUACACUAUCUAUUCUAGAUAGACAUGAUUUUUUUUUAAUUUUUAAAUAUUGUACUAUUUAUGGUGGUGGGGCUUUCUUACUAAUACACAAAUAAAUUUAAUCAUUUCAAAGGCAUUCUGUUUGGUUUAGGAAGUUAAUUCCCAGGAGUGCCAUAUUUCAGCUACUGUAUGUCCUUUUCCCUGCAGUGUAAGCAGUUCAGCUACCUUGUGUUAUCAUUUUUGUAUCUCACGUUUUUUGCACAGGAUGUGACCACUGUCAGAUCACUGUUCUUUUCUUUCUUUUUGUGAUUGAAAAGCCUAUACUGCAAUUUGAAGUAAAUGUUUGCUUUUCUUAGUAAGUGUAAAUGGUUGCCUUUUUUCUUCCUUUUUUUAUUUUUGGUAUGAGUCUUUGGUCUAGCAAAAUUAAUAAAUAUAGAGCUGUUGAGUAGCUUUCUAGGUAGGGUAGCU